CUUAUACAUUGCUUUUGAGACAAGACCAUUGUAACAUCCUCUUCAUAAGCUUUGUUGGCUAGCACUUGCAUUUCCUUUCUGGUUUCUGUAACUGCCUCAUAAAAAACAAUGGACAGAGACCAACUUCUGAAAGUGGCCAUCCUUUGGAACCUUCCUCUCCUUUCUCAGUUCUGCAUGGGUGAGAAUGUGACACUUGAGUAUGACAGUGGUGACUAUAAUUACACUAUUGACUACAAUCUAUAUGAGGAGGUCUGCAAGAAGGAAGAGAUUCGAAGGUUCCGAGCUACUUUCUUACCCACCAUAUAUUCCAUUGUGUGCUUUGUGGGCCUGGCUGGUAACAGCUUGGUCAUGUUGACCUACAUUUACUUCAAGAGGCUCAAGACAAUGACAGAUAUCUACUUGCUCAACCUUGCCUUGGCUGACAUCCUCUUCCAGUUGACUCUCCCCUUCUGGGCAGUCAGCGCAGCCAAAUAUUGGGUCUUCAAAGACUUUGCUUGCAAGGCUGUCCACUGCAUUUGUCAGAUGAGUUUCUUUAGUGGCAUGCUGCUGCUCCUCUCCAUCAGCAUUGACCGCUAUUUUGCCAUUGUCCAAGCUCCCUCAGCCCACCGCCAUCGCUCCCAGAGGGUGCUUGCCAGCAAGAUCACCUGCUUCUCCAUUUGGAUACUGGGUUUCAUCCUUUCACUCCCUGAGGCAAUGCACAGGGGUGUGUAUGAGUCUGAAACGCAGAUGCCACGCUGCACCCUCAAAACAGUCAACUUGCUUGCCUUCAGCACCUCCAUCAGAAUCUCUCAGAUGGUCUUUGGCUUCUUAGUGCCCCUGCUGGUGAUGACCUUCUGCUACUGGAUCAUCAUCAGGACCUUGUUACAAGCCCGCAGCUUUGAGAAGAACCGAGCCAUCAAGGUCCUCAUUGCAGUUAUGGUUGUCUUUGUCCUCUUUCAAAUGCCCUACAACAGUGUCAUGCUUGCUGAAACCAUCUCGGCCUUCAACAAUACGACUGGCCAGUGCAAUGCCAUCAAGCGCAUGGAUGUGGCCAGUGAUGUGACAUACAGCCUGGCCUGCUUCCGCUGCUGUCUCAACCCCUUCCUGUAUGCCUUCAUAGGUGUCAGGUUUCGCAAUGACUUGCUCCGGCUCCUUAAAAACCUGAACUGUAUCAGCCAAGCACAGCUCUGGAAGUGGUCGACAAAGCUGGAGAACAACCGAUGUUCUAUUGGCACAGAAACUGAUACCACCACCACUUUCUCCCCAUGAAGCACUAUGGACACAACAGAAAUGGCAAACUGACCAUGAAAUUGAGUUAAUGACAUCCAUCUUUGUGAGGGACUGAGUAAAGGACCUCUGAAGCUCGCCAGGCAGGUAUGCUACCAGAAGCAAAAGAUCAUCCCUUCUUGACCAACCCUUCUGUAGAUCAACUGUAAUGAAAUCCAGGCUAAUAAAGGCCACAAAGCAGCAAAAAGUGAACUGUUGCUUACAGAUCUGAAAAAGUGAACCACAGGGUGAAGCAAAGUGCUCUGUAAACCAAAAGAGGUGAUCCGAAUUGUGAAUCCAAAGAUGAUUUGUCAUAAUAAUAGUCACUAUGUGCCUACGCCAAAUGGAAUUGCAUCAAGAACAAUGCAAAUAUAAAAAGGUGAACCUAGUUCAGUUUGUUCCACAGAGUAAGAAACAAACAUGAGCACAAGCAGAUAAACACAUUUCAUUAUUUUAUUCCUAGUUUCUAUCUCUCCCACCCCACCGCCAGUUUCUCUAUUUGAUUUCUUUUUCUCCCCUGCCAUCCCCAUAUUAUUGUUAUGCCAGCUGUAAAAUAGACCAAAUGACCAUCUGGGUCAAGGCACACGCACCCUCCCCCCCCCAAAAAAAAACUUGUUUGUCUAAGUUUCCUCUUCCUCGCUUCAUAUCCACCUGUGCAACCUAGAUGGUUGUGACCAAACCGCUUCAAGUGAUUCAAGGAAGAAAUGAAUGUGUUGUUAAACUGCUGAUGUCUAUGCUUGUUUCCUAUACAGAAGAUGCAUUUAAAGACAAACAUUGUAGAAUAUGAUUGUUUAAUAUACCUAUCUAUAUAUCUAUAGCCUGCAGAAGGCACAUAUAAGUUGAGUGUUGUAUACCAAUCUUGUUAUUAGCCAUUCCAUUAGUUGUCCACAGUAAGCAUCAAAGUUCUCAUUCCUGUACUGUCCUGUGUUUAUAAUGGGCUAUAUAAUGGUAUCUGUGCAUGUGGCUUCAGUGGUGCUAUGGUAAAUUCUGAUGUUCAAGCGGUCAUUGUGAUUGCCACCAUAGUCACAAUUAUAAAUUCCAAAAGUGCAAGCAGCUAUAUUAAGCCAUAUCAACAAACCAGUUCUACCAGUUCAUAUCCACCACAAGCUAGUACAUAUCCACCACACACAAGUCCUUUGUAAAGCUAAUGGGUUUUAACUGCCAAUUGAAAACCAAGCCACCCUAAAUGUACCUUGUAUCAUAGCUCUGCAACUAUGAUUAUAUCAUCUAGGCUUAGAAGGAACAGGGAUAUAUGAGGGGGUGCCAAGUGACAUCAAAUGGCAAAUGGCAUCAUUGAUCCUACAAGCCCUGAUUCCACUACAACAUUAUGAACUCCCUAAAGUUUCCCAGUGGUGAAGUAGAUAAUAGAAUCAUAGAGUUAGAAGAGACCACAAGGGACAUUCAAUCCAACCCCCUGACAUGUAGAAAUACACAAAGUAUUCCCAACAGAUGGUCA